GGUGAGAUCCCUAUAUGCAGGUUUGAACAUAUAUUUACUUCACAAUAUGAUUCGACUUAAAUUUCCAGUUGAAAUUGUCACCUAUGUGGGGUUUGGUGCAGCAGCUAUUCACAUUGUUUAUUAAACCGUUAUGGCUGGUUAGCAUCGUUUUGUAGUUGUAGUUGUUGGCGAGUUUUCGUCCAAUUUUUUGCAUGGGUGGUCUCGUAGCAGAGCUCCUGGAUUCUGCGCGGUUGUUGCGAUAUGUAUGAAUAUUAAAACGCUUCAAAAUGUUCUAAGCACUUACUUCCAUUACUUUUAACGUGCCUCCGUUUCAAGAACUGUCUUAGAAGGAGGACUAAAUCAUCAUUCCUGUUGUGUGACAUGUAUUUGCUUUUUGAUGGAGAAGUUGGAGCUGAGUGACGAUGGACACCCUGUCCAGCCACAGCUCCUACCUCCUGCAGCAGCUCCAGGAGCAGAGAAUUCAAGGACUCCUCUGUGACUGCAUGCUGGUGGUCAAAGGAGUCUGCUUCAAAGCCCACAAAAAUGUCCUGGCUGCUUUCAGCUCCUAUUUCAGGUCUUUAUUCCAAAACUCCCCCAGUCAGAAGAAUGAUGUGUUUAAUUUGGUUAUCCAGGAUGUUAGUGGUAUUGGUCAAAUUUUGGACUAUAUGUACACCUCUCAUCUCGACAUCAACCAGGAUAAUGUACAAGCACUCUUGGACAUUGCUCAGUGUUUGCAGGUUCCAAACGUCCUAAGUAUGUGUAAUGCUUUCCUCAAGCCUUGUCCUCCACCAGUGGAAAUCCCACCAUUUUCUCUCCCAGGCAUGCUCAAUUCAGAGCACGACUGCCUCCUUGGAAGCAGUCUGCCUCAUGAUGUUGACCUCCACUGUCCCACUGAAGCGCAGAGGCCAGGCUUCAACAGUGAUGUGGACCACACCAAAAGGAUGCCUGUUUCUGUGCCUAACAGCAGCUCAAACUGCGAAACAGCUAGCAGUGCUCAGGCACCUGUAGAGAAACAGCUAGUCCAUGGCUACAAGCUCCGGAACUUCUAUAGUAAGCAGUACUUCAAACAAAGUGCACUUCAGACUAAUAGUGCCGCCUUGAAUCAAGGCCCGGGCCCUCUGGUGGUGGUGGAAGAGCCGCAGUGUCAGCUCGGGGUCAACCAGGGAGGCAACCACACACCUGUAUGCUCAGGAAACACAGUUCAGCCUAAUCCUGCUUGCACAUCCUCAGCAGUUGAAAAGAACUCCGUCUCCUCUUUAACACCAUCGGAUAAUUUAAACGCUCCGAGCUCCGACCCAGCAGACUCCAUGCUCAACAAGCCGGUGCGCCCAAAGAAGACGGUGUACUUGAAGAAAUACAACUAUCUACGGUCUCAGAAGGCUUUGGAGGAAAUGUGUGCUGAAUCGGUCAGUGAGCCCAUCCUCAGCUGUCCCAAAGAGAGUCUCCAAGAAGAGUCUGUGAUCCAGACCGGGGCUCCAGAGGUUCCUGUUGAGGGUCUUGCAGCAGUCAGGGAGGAGGUUCCUGAGACAGCAACACAUGCACAAGUCCCCAGUUCCCCACCUGUGAACCAAGAGGAACGAGAUUUGAAGACAGUACCAGAACCACCACAGCAGACAGGACACAAACAAUAUUGUUGUGAUGUGUGCGGAAAGAUCUUCAAACACCCGAGCAACCUGGAGCUGCACAAGCGCUCACAUACUGGUGAGAAGCCUUUUGAGUGUAAUAUUUGCGGGAGGCACUUCUCACAGGCUGGAAAUUUACAGACACAUUUGCGGCGACAUUCUGGAGAGAAACCAUACAUCUGUGAGUUAUGUGGUAAAAGCUUUACAGCAUCAGGGGAUGUACAUCGUCACAAAGUGGUCCACACAGGAGAAAAGCCACAUCUUUGUGAUAUAUGUGGUAGAGGAUUUAACAACUUGAGCAAUCUUAAGGAGCACAAGAGAACACACACCACAGACAAGACAUUCACCUGUGACCAGUGUGGAAAGUCCUUCAAUACGCACAGGAAACUUCUGAAGCACAAGGCCCGCCACGCCGGGGAAAAACCACACAGCUGUGCCACCUGUGGGAAAUGCUUCAUCGGCUCAGGGGACCUGCAGCGUCACAUACGCUCUCACACUGGUGAGAAACCCUACCUCUGUAACGCCUGCGGCAAGAGCUUCACCCGCUCGGCCAUGUUGAGGAGACACAGCAACAUGCACUGUAAGGGGGCUCUGUCCGACAGCCCCGUCACAGACAAUCCUGACCAGACGCGUAGCUCAGAUGGAGCCACCUCAUUUCCCAAACCUUUCAGCCACAAUAAACCCCCUGCCACCACCAGUGAGCAGUCUUUUUCCUCUAUAAUGCCACACACAGGCUUAGCAAAGCCUGCACCACCUCCUCCUUCACCACCACAACCAACACCACAAAUAGACAGUCCACCUCCGAAUAUGCACCUUAGUCCCAGCUCUACCUCCAACUCCCUUCCAGAGCUGCGCUCCCUGGUGCCCCAUCACCUCCUUUCUUCCACCCACCAGGAGAGGAGUACAGUCAUGCCUGCCUCAGACCACAUGAAACUGACCAAACCCCACCUGUCUCAAGAGGCUGUGUAUGGUCCAUAUGUGGAGAAUGGAACUAUAGCAGUGGAGAUGGGCAGAGGUCUGGUGGGGAGGCCUUACCUACCUCCUACAGACAGUCAUUGCAGUUCCCUUACAGGGUCUAGCAGCAGACCUAAUAGUGGUUCCUACAGGUCCAGUGAAGGCCAGUUCAUCUCUAGUGUAACCCUGUGGGGCCUGGCAAUGAAAACUCUGCAGAACGAUAACGACAUGGAGCAAUAAAGUGCUGCAUUAUCUUCAAUAAGCACAGCAUAUCUUGAUCUGAGGAUGUGCAUUUUUCACUGAUGCUUUCUCUGUAUACAUGUUGAUUUUGAUAGUAACCACACAGAUCUUGAUUGUUAAAACUGACCCAUUUAUAAAACACACCUAAAUGGUAGCUCUUAUGACUAAACUAACUUGAAAUAGUAGUUAACAUGGAUUAUUAAUAACUGGAAAGAUCUAAUGUAUUUGUUAAA